AUGUUCACUCCUCCCACACACCUAGUUGUCCAUGCCAACCACAACCCUCAAGCCACUGCAGCAAGCCUUAAACGAUCCAAACGAGUCAAGUAUUACAAUGAUCGAGAAAUUUAUGAUGAUAUCAUCAAUGCAGAGCGUGAUGAGUUCGUGGAUGAUGUUCCCAUCAUUACCGACGAUUCUGAUGAAGACCACGUGGAAUAUGAGAACUUUAUUGCAUGUGGUAGUGGCCAUCAACGAGUGGUUGAUAAGAUUGAUUCGGAUCUGUCCUCGUCUGAUGAGAGAUCAUCCAUUGCUGCUUCUCCUCAACAACAACAGCAAGCCUCUCGACUCCUUUUCAAUCCCUUCAUGUAUUACAAGAAUUUGGUGGAUCAAGAUUUGCAAAAUUCCAAAUAUUACGGUGAGCAACUUCAUAAAAAGCAAUUAAGGCAAUUACAACCAGGAGGUAGUGGAGCCACUCCUGAGGAUCCAACCAAUUACAAUGACAUUGCUAAAAAGUAUGCCAACAAUUUGGCCAAUCACGCCAAAUAUCUGUACAAGUAUCGAUCCUUUGCUCCAGCUGCGUACCGUAAAUACAUUGUCAAUGUCUAUGAGUAUUCGAAGCGUGUGGUUGAAGUAGCCAAAGUUCAAAACUGGAAUGGUUUUCUCUAUUACUUGAAUGUCGUGGUUGAAUAUUAUCGAAAGAUUGAAGUUUUGGAACAAGUUGGUUAUGGAGUACGUGGUGAAUAUGUUCAGACCACUCCUGUGGCCACCUACAAUGCAGCCGUUGGUUCUCCUCAAUACUAUGGUACAGGUCUUCCUCCAGCAGCAACAGCAGCAGGUGCUGCAGUGGCUUCUACAGCUGCUGUUGGUGCUGCUCAGCCUUACCCUGCUUAUGGCUAUCCAGCCGCUAAUGCUGCUGCUUACUAUCCCUAUGCUGCUAGAGCUCCUUAUGGAGCCUAUGGUGGAUAUCCCGCUGCUUACUACGGCUAUGGAUAUCCUAAUAGUUACUAUUAUCCUCAACAACAGUAUUAUCCUGUGGCUACCGGAAUGAAUUAUGCACCUGCUGCAACUGUGGCUGCUGCGGCUACCAAGAGCGAUCCAAGCAAAGCUGAAUCUUCUGCUUCGCCAACUUCUUCCAGUACUAGCAACAAUGCCAAUUCAGGGUCUGCUUCCACUGGCAGUUCUAGCAAUACUAGUAGUUCUGCUGCAAACACCAAUCAAGACACAUCCUCCACUGCAGCAACGAGUAAUGAAACCAAAAGUAUUUCAACAGCCUCAAUCACUAAAAAGCUCAAAACAGCAUCUGAAGAUCUGAGUUCACAUGUUGGAACCUUUGGAGACGAUGCCGUUCCUUCAGAGCCAUUCACGUUUGAAUUACUCAUUUGA